CUUGAACGUGUUGAUGGAUCCGGCGGCCGUGCAAUCUCCGGUAGACUUGAAGAAGCGGCAAGUGGCCUUCAUAUCAGACCAUAUCGAUAUCACGCCCUCCCAAUUCUCAGACAACUACGCGAAAACGCUCGACAAUGCAAUCCACCGUGGAGACAGUUUUGUCCUCUAGAAUGCUGGGGGUGUGGACACUCUUGCACUAACCUACCUGCGCUCUCACCAUAUCGACCCAUCUCGAAUCACGCUGUACAUGCACUCUCCGCGGACUAAUCGCAAGCUCAAUGCUACUCAAAUCCGUAUCAACAAAA